AUGGAGUUAGCAGCAACGGAACUGGAUACGGCAGUGCCGCCACUGCUUUACUAUCUUUAUCCUGGAGCUGUGUUUUUGUACUUUCUGGCAGCAUCGCUUUUCUCUGUGUGCACAUUGCACAAUCUCAAGCAAGAAACACCGUCAAAACCAGAAUUGUCCAGCAUCGGGGCAGUUGUCGGUGUCCUUUCCCUCUUCAUUCUGACCUAUGUUGCACAACUUGUUAGCCUUGUCGCACUUGAAGGCACCGACAGCCAAUGGCCCCCAGCCGAGCACACUGUUGUUGGAAGUUUGUCUUGCCUACUUGUGUUUGGUAUUCAGCUUUCUUGGUUAUCAACCGCCGAGGAUCUCGUAUGGUAUCCCUACCAAGGGUCCUGGAUCAUUGCAUUGGCUUUUGAAGCAACUCUGGGUGCUUUUGCUGUUGUCGAAUCUCGUGCGCAUAGCUUAGGCCGCUACGAUACCGCUGAGCUCGCAUUGAUAAGUUUGCGCUGCUCAAUUCUUCUUGCCCUUAUCUUUUGGACAUCCAUGCGGCGCUGUGUCCAAGCUGUUCAUCCAUGGACGGACGAAGAACAUCAACCCUUGUUGUCAGAUGCCACCAAUGCUAAUGAGUCUGGCUAUGGAUCAACUUCUGAUACCGAAGCCGCAUCUGAUGAGGAAACUGAGUAUACCUGGGAACGUCGCAAACGGGAGGCAAAAGAAUCCAUGCAGAAAAGGUUGAAGGAAGGAGGGAAUUGGUUUGCAUAUGCCAAAGGAUUUAUGAUUCUCUUCCCUUACGUGUGGCCUGUUGGAAACCGGGCCCUACAACUUCGAGUGGCGGCAGUCGGCCUGUGCCUUCUCGGGUCCAAUGUGUUGCACCUGCUGAUCCCAAGACAGACUGGUAUAAUCAUGGACAGCCUGGCAUCCAAUGAGGAAGCAAAAGCCAACAAUCCCUGGGUUGCCGUAGCAGUGUUUGCUGGGCUGAGGCUCGCCUCUUCCGACUCCGGAAUUGAACUCCUACGCCAGUGGCUCUGGAUCCCUGUUCAGUAUUAUUCCCAUGAUGCCAUGACCCGGGCUGCGUACUCCCACAUGAUUCACUUAUCAGCCGAUUUCCACGACUCCAAGAGCUCGUCCGACAUGAUGCUGGCAAUACAUGGUGGCCACGCUGUGUCCAAUGCAAUAGAGAGUGUAUUGCUCCAGGCGGUCCCCAUGCUUAUUGACAUGUGUGUUGCUUUGAUCUACCUGUCAGUUACCUUUGGCCCGUACGAAGGUUUCAUAACCUUGGCAACAGGAACUAUUUUUUUCAUCAUGGCCGGCAGGUUAGUUGCUGAGUCCAAGACGGCAAGCCGGCAACGUGUAAAUGCUCUCUACCAGGAGCACUAUAUUCGCCAGUCGGGCUUGCAAGGCUGGCAGACCGUUAGCGCCUUCAAUCAAAUCGGUUAUGAGGACAAUAGGCAUGCCAAUGCUGUGACCACCAGGUGGCUUAGAGAGCAGCAGUACAUAUUGAGUUGGUAUGUCUCCAUUGCAUUCCAGACAAUGGUCCUCACUUGUGGUCUCCUUGCCAGUGCAUUUUUGGCUGUUUAUCGCAUUCAGAAUGGGAAGGCGUCGGCUGGUCAAUUUGCAAUGCUCUUGAUGUACUGGGCACAGUUGACGUCUCCCUUGCAAUUCUUCGCCAAGCUUGGGAAACGGAUGAGUGACGACUUCAUCGAUGCUGAGCGACUGCUCGAAAUAAUGAAAACGAAAUCUACAGUUGAGAAUAAGAAAGGAGCGAGACCAUUAAAGUUUGUCUCAGGCGAUGUUACGUUUGACAAUGUAACAUUCAGCUACGAUGGACACAAAGGGGUCAUCAAGGGUAUCUCGCUGAAAGUCCCUGCCGGCCAAACUGUAGCGUUUGUUGGCGCUACAGGAGCUGGUAAAUCUACCUUGCUGAAGCUCCUUGAUCGAUUUUACGAUGUUACAGGCGGAAGCAUAAAGAUUGACGGGCAAGACAUCCGUGAUGUGGAUCUCUUCAGCCUUCGUGACCGCAUUGGUAUCGUUCCACAGAAUCCUAUAUUAUUUGAUGAUACGAUAAUGAACAAUGUUCGAUAUGGGAGGAUUACGGCCAGUGACGAGGAAGUAUUUGACGCCUGCCGUGCUGCCAGUAUACACGAUAAAAUCGCAAGCUUCACACAAGGCUAUGCAACCAGAGUUGGUGAACGUGGCGCAAAACUAUCUGGCGGAGAGCUUCAGCGAGUAGCAAUUGCAAGAGCUAUAUUGCGGCGGCCAGACAUUGUUUUGCUAGAUGAAGCGACCAGUGCCGUUGAUACCGACACCGAGCAACAGAUCCAGCUAUCCUUCAAACGGCUUUGCCAGGGUCGCACUACUUUUGUCGUGGCGCAUCGGUUGUCAACCAUAAUGAAUGCGGAUCGAAUCGUUGUCGUGGAGCAUGGGGAAGUAGUUGAACAAGGGAACCACAGUGAGCUGAUCGUAGCCAAUGGACGAUACGCAGAUUUGUGGUCCAAACAGGUCUUUCUGCGGCCACGGGAAGAAGUCAACAUUAUGGACCUUAUCGACGACAGGUCGGCAGUUGUUGACGACUUGUCCUCCGAGCAAACUGCCACGGAACAAGGGCGACCUGAUGUUUUGGACUCCGAUAGCGAAAUACAGACUGCAGACGAGGAUCAGGCAGAAUAG